AUGGCCAACAACGGCAGACCUCGUAUGCCACCGGCAGCCUCCGCAAAGAUGGCUAUGAGUAUGGUCAUGAGCAAAGCAACAACUGCGGCAUCGGAGAUGGUGAACGACACGGAUCUAAACUCACCAACGCAAGAACCGGCUGCUGUGAGAGGAACUAAUGUACAGUUAGACCUGGAUCAGCGCAAGCAUCUCGAACACGCAGCAACGUCACGCAGUCUGGCGUCAACUAGUUCAUUAUCUUCAGGAAGCAUGCAGCUCAAAAGCAGAAAUAGAGAGAAAGCCCUAAACAUGCAACACAUACAGCUGGCAGUCCAGCUCAAAGAUCAGAAAGAAGUGCGCGAGACUUUGCAAACGAGUAUCACAGGUCUAGAAGACCAGCUGGCUAGUCUGAAGCUUAGAAACGAAGCCCUUGAACAUGAGUGCAAAAGGCUCCACGACCAAAUACAUGAUGCAAACGAGAAGUUGAACUCCCAGGCUGCCGAGUUUGAAAAGCGAGAAAAGGAUAUGCUGGAUGGAGUUGCAGAUCUAGAAUCAAAACUAGAUGAAGCUUCCAAAAGCAUUCUAGAAUCGACGGCUGGUCGAGACACACUUCAAAAAGCUUAUGAUGAGGUUGUGAAGGCUCGCGACCAGCAAGCCGGUAUCAUCCACCAGCUUGAGUUGGACCUUGAGGCAACCCGAGCUCAGGUCGAAACUUGGAAAGAUUCCCACGAGAAAAUGCAGGAGCAUGUCGAUGAACUAAGUCUUGCUGCUUCCAAUCUGAAAGAACUCCACGAAUCACGCGAGCGCGAGCUCCAGCAACGACUUACUUCCAAAGGCACAGAGAUUAAGGACCUCAAGCGGGAAAUGAAAAAGCUUCGGGACGAUUGGGAAGAGACUGUCGAGCAUCGACAAUUAGUGCUAAGUGACCUUACCUCGCUGAAGAUUCAGAGGGAGAUUCUGGAGAAAUAUGGGGAGAGUCAGAAGGCAGAAUCCCAGACACUACGGCAAAGCCUCGAAGAGCUGAGGAAAUCCACCGAGCCCUUUGCCCAGAAAAUUGCCAUUGGUGUCGAUAUUAGCGGGAGUCUCUCUUCAGUUAUUCAUAGAGUUAAGCAGACUUACAGAGACGUCUUGCACAUUAUCAAGUCAAACAACAGCGACGCCCAGGUUGCGGUCGUGAUCCAUGGAGGUUAUGUUAAACAACAGACACUCCAUACGCAGACGAUUUCCAAAGAAACAUUCCAGGCACUGAACUCCAUUGCUGCCGGCGGAACCGAGGACUAUAUUUAUUGCCUCGACGAAGUUACUUCUCUUCUGGGUACGAAUACUGACAGCAAGAAGCUCGUGAUACUCAUUGGCGACGGCAAUACAUCAUGCGCGAGGGGCAGCUCUGUGUUGGCAUCUUGCAGGCGACUGAAAGCCUCAGGGAUUCGAGUUCACUCGAUUGUACUAUCUAAUGGCUCAUCUUGGGUUAAUCCGGAAGAAUUACUAAUGCGAGAUAUUUCACAGGCCACUAACGGUCGAGUUGAGAGCGAGGAGAGCUACAUGUCGGCUGUUGAAGAAAUUGUCCGCCAUGAGCGCGAGCAGCAUUUCAACACCGCUAAGUAG